AUCCAUCCAUCCAUCCAUCAGCCACCUGCAGCUGGAGCUGGAGACAUGAGCAUGAAGAAACUGACUUUCAAGUGGUUCGGCAGCCUCACCAACCUCACUUUCCGCCGCUCCACCGACAAAUCUGACUCCACGUCUUCUCCGUCAAAGUCGGAUGUACCCGGAGAUGGCGGUGACCUCUCAAAGAUCCUGGCUCCGGUUGCUGAGACGACUGUGGACGACUUGGGCGCCAUGCGGCCUCGCACUGCCAGCUACGUGCGCUCCAGUGAGAGCUACACGCACAUGGGCACGUUGCCACGGCUACUGUGGAAGAAGAAGAAUAACAAAGGAGGCCCGAGCAGCAGUAAGAAGAGCAGCAUCAGCAGAAGUCAAAGCCAGCGAUCCGCAGGGUUCAAAGACCGUGACCACCGAAGAAUCACGCAAUCCCCCUGCAAAGUGACCAAGGAUGAUGCUGCGAUUAAAGUGGACACUGGGACGCUCAGUCAGGACUCUGAACCACCAGGUGAAGCCACAAAAACCCAAAACAUCAUCUCUGCACCUACAGCUGCCUGCAAAGAGGUGGCGCCAUCUGGUGGUUCAGGUGCUGCACUGCAAACAGAGAGGAGAUGCAACGAGGAAGUGGUCACCCAGGAAGGUACACACAGGAAUCCUGAGGAGACCUCACCACUUCCUCUCAGCUGCAGCAAGGAGCAGACUCAUGAGGGUGAAGAGUCAGAGUCUGGGAUUUUAUCUGAGGUCACAGGGAGCACAGAACCGACUGAAGGAGCAGAUGAAGGAGACUCCAACGGCACUCACAGCCACAUGGAGCCAACCGACAGCCAGGCUGAAUAUGUCCAGUUCUCCAAGGAGAAGUACCUGCUGGAGUCUCCUCCAGAGAAACUUCGCAAGGAGCUGGAGGAGGAGCUGAAACUGAGCCCUGCUGACAUCAGGAGCCAUGGCUGGUACCAUGGGCACAUUCCCAGAGAGGUGUCAGAGACUCUGGUUUUGCGUAACGGAGAUUUCCUGGUGCGGGACUCUCUGACCAGUGUGGGGGACUAUGUUCUGACCUGUCGAUGGAACAAUGAAGUGAUGCACUUCAAGAUCAGCAAAGUCCUGGUUAAAUCCAAUGAGACCAAGGUGCAGUACAUGUUGGAGACUGACAGCUUCGACUCGGUCCAGGAGCUUGUGCGGUUCUACAUAGGCCAGCGCAAACCGGUCUCCCAGUCCAGCGGUGUCCACAUCUACUGUCCCGUGAGCAGGACUCUCCCCCUGCGCUACCUGGAGGCCACCUUCUCCCUGUCCAACAGCAAACAAGGCUCGGCCUACUCGCCGUCCAGUCAGAGGGGAGCGUACAUCAAGAGGCGCAGCGUCACCAUGAACGAUGGACUGACGACGGAGAAGAUGAUGCCUCACAGUGAUGACUCAGACAGUCCCAGCCCAGUUGAGACACCGGUGGCACCACCAGAUCCAGAGCCGGAACCUGUGCCCAACUGCAGCCCGUCGACAAUCCACCACCACAAAGACGCAAUGCGGAACUGUGCGAUGAGCAUGGACCAGAUUCAGGAGUACCGCUGCCCCCUGUCACCUGUCGGGGAGACCCCACUGUCUCCUGCAUAUAGUGCUAUCACCAGGCAGAGAGCCCUCUCAGGGGGGCGCGUCCUGGCCGUCGUCCCACCCUCCCCAGUGAUGCGUCAGUCCAGCGACCCUCAGCUCAGCCCCUUGGCUGGUAGCAACCCUCCGGAGCAUCCCGCUCAUACCUCUCACUCGGCACACUCCUCACCCGCCCAUCAUCCCGGCUACCAAUCUCAUUCCUCAGAGACAGCGGGGAGCUACUGUGACCUCAGACCUUGCCCCGGACCCCCCAAGCCCCCAGCGAAGGGCUACGUGGAGCGGUUGCGAGUUGAGGAAGGGAGGGAGGAGGGAGCGAGGGAGGAAGGUGAUGGGAUGUUCUGCGCACCACAGGUGGAGAGGACAUCCUCAUUCAGGCCGUCCAGGUACGAGUCGUGCCUCAUGCCAGCUGAGAACAAGCCUCUGGAGAUGUCGGUGCUGAAGAGAGUCAAAGAGCUGCUGGCUGAGGUGGACGCCAGGACGGUGGCCAAACACAUCACCAUGGUGGACUGCACGGUGGCCAGAAUAUUGGGUGUAACCUCAGAGACGCAAAGGAUGAUGGGAGUGUCCUCAGGGCUGGAGUUACUGACGCUUCCACACGGACACCAGCUGAGACUUGACCUACUGGAGAGGUUCUACACCAUGUCUAUCAUGAUGGCAGUGGACCUGCUUGGCUGUACUGGAAGCACUGAGGAGAGAGCAGCCCUGCUCCAUAAAACCAUCCAGUUAGCAGCCGAGCUGAAAAGCAACAUGGGAAACAUGUUUGGCUUCGCUGCUGUGAUGAGAGCCCUGGAGUUGCCACAGAUUUCCCGCCUGGAGCAGACCUGGGUGACGUUACGGCAGAGACAUACAGAGGGCGCCAUUCUAUAUGAGAAGAAACUCAAACCUUUCAUGAAGAAUAUGAAUGAUGGCAAAGAGUCCAGUACUCUGUCCAACACGUCCUUCCCCCACAUCAUUCCCGUCCUGUCCCUGUUGGAGCGCGGCCUUGCUCUCGGGGAGGCGCUGGAGCCGUGGGAGAGUGCCGAGGUCGGAGUAGACGUGGUCAUGUAUCACCUGGAGGCAGCUCGCACCAUCGCACAUCACGGGGGAAUCUACAGAAGCAACACUGAGGGCAAACUGCAGGGACUCCAGGAGCGAGGAGAAAUACACGAGAUCUUCCAGACAGAGUUCCAGAUGCGCCUCCUGUGGGGCAGCCGCGGCUCCGAGGGCAGCCAAUCAGAGCGCUACGAGAAGUUCGACAAGGUUCUCACUGCCCUAUCUCACAAGCUAGAGCCUCCUGUGCGCCAGAGCGAGCUAUAACACACACCUCAGUGCCCGCCAUCAAAAGAAAAAUUUAACACCCCCCAUCUGCACUCCCUACUCAUAGUCGUACGGUCUUAUUUUGCAUCGCAGAGGAUGAUGUGGAAGAGUCCAGUAUGAACGCUGGGAGGGGUCAGAGUGAACGAAGAGGCAGCUACGUGUGCGUUGAGCACUAGGAACACAGAAAAGAGGGUUAUGCACUUAUAACGUGUUGCACUGACUGUGGACUCCAAAUACUCCCUGUGGACUUCCUCACUUCAAAUAUUCAAAAGGCAACAAAGAGGAGAAGAAUAUGGGGGAGACGGGGGACUGGCUCUUGUGCUUGGUACAAAUGGACACAUGUACUGUGUCCCCCGAGGGCCAAACAGGACUCCAAUAAAACACAGACACUCUCUUGUUUCAGACUACUGCUGUCGCACACUGUAGCAGAAAAGACAACAGUAACUUAACAUGGCUCAUACAUCAGAUGGAUGCUUUGUCUGUGUGAAUGAGUGUGUCUGUGUGUGACAGUCUGUGCACAUGUGUGUAUGUUUACACUCCUCUGUUUCUGUGUGUCUUUCAUCUUCAAUGUGUUUGUCUUAUUUAUUUGAUAUGAUCAAACCAUAUCUGCAUAUUAUAGACUUUGCUUCACCAAACUCAUAAGAAUCCAUUGGUGCUUGUUCUGAGGGAACCGUGUUCAUAAAACCCCAUUAACUAUGUAUCAAGCAGUCCCAUUAAAUCCCAUUAAAAAUGUAUCAGGCCUGCAUUAAUAAAUGCAUCAGAGAUGAAACAUUUGCAAUAGCAACGCUGCAACGUCUGUCCGAGGGUUUUAGCGAUUCGCUAAAAACAAACCUCAUUCUGUUUUAGCAUCUUGACGAGUACAUGUGAUAUUGUGCAACUUGAGCACAAAGUGAAGCUAAACACAAACAUUUUAAUGAGAGUUAAAGAAAAGUUCACUUGAACAUGUGCAUCAGUACUGACAAAAGCUUCAGUAAUGUGAGCUGCAAUUUGUGGAAAUCAUAAAAAUGGUUGAAGCAAAAUGUUGCAUCAGGUAAAAUGUUGCUUUAACAUCUUUAAUCUCAUUUCUGUUUGGAAAUAUUCCAAACUAAGGAAAUUGAGUACACAUCCCUGCUGCAGAGAAUGAGUUUACAGGUCUGUUUUAAAUUUGUGUUUCUGCAAUAGAGCCGAAAAGAUCUGAAUUGUGAUGUCACAUUUGGUUUGAAUUUCCGUGUUAAAUCAUCGCUGUAUUAACAGCACGUGGCCCUGAGAUGGCUGGAGCCAACUGUCAGGCCUAUGCAAUCAUUUAAUUUCAGGUAUUGCAUUCAAUUUUUCUUAUCCAAACUGAUAAUCUAUAUAUGAAUGAAACUCACAUCAGGUAUCAAUAAAUAAUUCCAAAAAAUAAACAUAUAUAUAUAACUCUAGCCCUAGAGCUCAUGGAUGUGUGGAUGUCCCAUUCUCUGGUCUGAACCAUAUUUGAGGUGAGCUCAUGUGACAGUUCCCACUAUUGUCCAGCAGGGGGUAAUGUUCAUUCAGCAUAAAACACCACAAUGUAACAGGAACAGACACACACAAGUGAAAGCAUUUAUUGUGUGUGUCUUGAGACCAAGGUGACGCCUGCUGGUUUAGGUUUGAUAUGUGCAAACUGGUGAUGAAGAGGAAGAUGUAAUGUUUUUAAUUGUCGUCUGUCGAAUGCUGUACAGGAAUGCUCGGUAUUCGGAUCCUCCUGUUAUGUCUAACGGGGCCUUGAAAAGCAAAAAAGACAAGAACCGAUUUAGGACUGAUCUCAUGUUUUUCUUACGUACUGUACAUAACGACUCCUUUUUUUUCAAAUAAAAUAAUUGCUCGUC